GAAUAAUAAACAAUACAGGCAUCCAAUAAAAACAAUGACGUUACCAAGACUAAGAUUUCUAAGCCUUACACACUCUUAUCAUUUUUUCGUUACUUCAAUUUUUCAAGCAUUUUUCUCUGCCCUGACCACAAAUCCGACUCCUUACAGACAAACAGGCCGAACUUAAGGACAAGUUUAAGUACACCAAAAAGUACAUGAACUGGCAUGAUGCUCAAACGCACUGCAGAUCACAUGAAAUAGACCUGGCCACCGUUACAGACGACACAGAAAAUGCAUUCCUCGCAGGCGUGCUUGACUCAGAGAACGACCAGAAUGCCUGGAUCGGCCUGUCCAAGAGGCAGGGGCUGUGGCAGUGGCAGUGGUCAGAUAACAGCAGCGUAUCGUCGUCUGUGCAAUGGGAGACCGGGCAGCCUGAUAAUGUGAACAGCACUGAAGAUUGUGUGAGUGCUGAUACUGAUGGACAGAUGGCUGACGACACCUGCUCGACUCGACUGCCUUUCUACUGCCGAGAAAACACGAAGAUACAGCGUGUGAGAUUCGCAGUGAAAUCAGCCGGAUCUCUGGACGAAUCUGCAGUGAUGGAGGCCAUAGAGAAGAAGAUGAAGCAGAUCCUCUCGGGUCAGGACGUGAAAAUCAGAUACAGCAUAACAUGGAGCGUCCAACCUGACGAGAAGAUCUUCCAGCGGCAGAAAACACAAGAAAACACACUAGACACGGCAACAGCAUGUGAGGAGCUGGGUCCAAUGAAACGCUAGACUCUGAUACGCACAAUAACUUGUCCAACCGUCUGUGAAUCUUUAAGGUACAGGAAUUUAUAAUAAAAGAGAGAACAUGUUUAUCACAUUAUCACAUUUAUUUGAUACAGUUAAUGCACUGCCACUGUUAAUUAGUUGCUUUACACACUGUGCAAAUACUUAAGAAUAUGAAUAAGACCAUCCUGGACAAAAGUACAGGACGAACGCAUUUCAAAUGUUACUUUCUCAUUUCACUGAACACGGAAAUAUAUUUAGUGCUGGUUAGAAUUGGUUUGAAUGUGUAAAAAUAGCAAUAGUCUUCUCUUGGGGUCCUUUUGAAAUAUUAAUAUUUUAUAAUAAUGCAGAAAUAAUGAUUGAGACAGUAAUGAAUUGGAAAUCUACAAUGUGUGUUUUUAGAAAUGCAUUAAA